AUGGGCCUGAGCCGGGAAGAAGAAUUUGAUGGUGUGUUAGUGGAUGAGGCAAUUGCCGAAGCCCUGUACAAGCUGGGCCGUUCAGCCCCCGGCACAGAACAUGUCUAUCUUAAUCUUACACUUUCGAGCCGCAGCUUAAGUGACAUUAAUGCUCUUCACAAGUACAUUCACCUCGAGAAGCUAGAUCUGUCUUACAAUAAAAUUAAUGAUCUGUCUUGUGUCAGCCACAUGCCUUAUUUGCUGGAACUGGAUGCUUCCCAUAAUGAACUAACUACCUACUUUGACUUCAAACCACCUAAGAAUCUCCAAGUAGUGAAUUUUUCACACAACGCGAUCCCGGAGAUGCGAGAUCUUUCUGCCUACCAGUCGCUGACAAAACUCAUCCUGGAUCAUAACGACAUCACAGAGAUUCGAGGGCUGGAGAAGUGCCACAACCUGACGUACCUGAGCCUUGCAAACAACAAGAUCACAGCCAUCACUGGCCUGAAGAACCUUCCGAUUAAAGCCCUCUGCCUGAAAUCAAACCAGAUCGAGAGAGCUGUCGGCCUGGAAGAGCUGAAGGUGCUCCAGGUCUUGGAUUUGUCCGGCAAUCAAAUACGUAGCUUGGAAGGGCUGGAAGAGCACAAUUUCCUGGAGGAAAUCAACCUAGAAGACAACCAGGUGGCUGAACUGAGUGAGCUGGAAUACGUUGAAGCCCUUCCGCUCCUUCGUGUCUUUAAUCUGCUGAACAACCCUGUGCAGCAACAUCCGGAUUAUUGGCUCCUGGUCAUUUUCAUGUUGCUUCGGCUGACCGAACUGGAUCACAGGAAAAUCACUGUGCAAGAGAAGGUUGCCGCUGUGAACAAGUACAACCCUCCGCCCGAGGUGGUGGCUGCUCAGGACCACACGACCCAAAUCAUGUACAGCAUGACGCAUCCCCAGCGGAUCUUCCACAGCACCCUGCCUAGUCUCGAUGCGCCCUACCCCAUGUUGUUGUUGACGGGACCGCUGGAAAGCUGGAAACGAGAGCUGUGCCAUAGGCUCUGUCGGAAGUUCAACAACUAUUUCAGAUACAGUCCCUGCCAUACGACGAGGGCGCCUUACUUUGGAGAAGAAAACAGACUAGAUUACUAUUUCGUAUCCCUGGAGGAAUUUGAGAAAAUGAUGCAUUCGGGGCAAUUUAUUGCAACUUUCAAAUAUGGCGGCUUCAGCUACGGCCUGGGCCGAGACACCAUCGAAUCCAUUGCACGGGAGGGACUUGCAACCUGUGUUCAUAUGGAAAUAGAGGGUGUGAGAAGCCUGAAGAAUUCUUACUUCGAGCCGCGCUACAUCCUGCUGAUUCCAACCAACAAAGAGAAAUACGGGAGCCACCUGCGAAGGAAGGGGCUUUUCAGCCGGUCAGAGAUUGAGGAAGCCGUUGGCAGGGUGGACAUGUACGUCAAAGUGAAUCAGGAUUCCCCAGGCUUCUUCGAUGCCGUCAUCAGCAUAGAUGACUACGAUGAAGCCUUCGCGAAGCUGAGCCGCCUCAUUGAAGAGUUCCUGGGCCUCCUCCAGCCUUCUGACUCCGAAGCCCCACCUCCUGGGCCAGCGGGCAACCUCCUCUCAGCCCCAAGAGCUGUUAAUGGACAGAGCAGAGCCAUGGAGAGAAGUGGAAACGGGGAGCAAGAGAGAGAUGAAAGCUCUCCCGGGUGCCUGGGUGGCCGUGGAUUUCAGACGUUUGCUCCUUCCGGCGAGGACUCAAAUGUCCUGCUGUCUGGAGUGAACAAGCUCCUGAUGGAGAAGAAAAGCCGGAAGCCUCUGCGUUAUCCCCCCAUGAGCAAGAGGCUCACGUCAACAUGGAGAGAGGAAGAGGCUUCUCUGCAGAGGCGGCAACGGACGGCCAAGCAGGGCCUGGUGGGGAAGGUGGCUAGCUCCUACGCUGAGCUCUUUCAGAGGGAUCUCACCAGCACCUUGGCAGCCACCGGGCCUCACCCACGGUUUUUGGAACCUCCUCCAUCCUUCACCACCACCCAGUCCUCUGAAAGUUCGCUCAGCCCAGAUUCUGGUGCUCCAGACCGAAGCUCCAAGGAAUCUUAUGCAACAACUCGUCUUUCACUCUCCUCCUCUCUGGGAGCAUUUUCGUCCCGCAGAUCGUCUUCCCGGACACCCGUGGGCCCCUCGGUUCUGUCAGCUGAUGAAACAGAGGAUGAUCAAGGAGGCAGGAAAGAGCCAGACCGCCCUCCCGAGACCAAGGAGAAGAAGACUCCGAAGCACAAACCAGCUUCCCCGCACGUACCCCAAGUCGUCGUCCGCCCGGGCUCCGACACCAAGCCCGUCCUCCCGCCCAUCCCGUCAGGCCGGAAGAGACCCAAACCCCAGCCCUCUGAAAGCUUCCUUCCAGCCAUGAUACCGAACCCUUGGCCUUAGCCCUCCAAUCUCUCAAUCUCUCUCUCUCUGUCUCUGUUUCCUCUUUUCAAUGAGAAAUGGGUGGAGGCAAGUGCCUGUAAAUAGCUUAGACUGCUAACCUUCCCUGCCGUGUAGGCCACCAGGAAGGGCUCUUGAGGCAAAGAGGCCGUCCCAAUUAAGGUGUUGGCUUCUUUGGGGGGGGUAGGCGGGCACCUCUUUUCUAACAUGGCGUUCCUCUCGGGACCCUUGCCAGUGAAUGGGGGUCCAGUUUUUGUAACUUAACUUGUUACUUAAAUAUAUUCUCAGUUUCCUGACAGUUUGCAAAGCCCCUUUGGAAACAGGAAGAAUUUUUCUUCAGGCGUCACUUUUAUAGCCCCCCCCCCAAUACCAUCUGUACCACAAAGUGGAGGGCUAAUAUUCAAGCGACGGCAAGGUUACUUAGGGCUUGAUUCCCCCUCCUCCCCCGUAAGUGACAAAGUAGCCUAUUUUUGCACUCUAAAAUAAAUUAAGUGUGCCAUGUGACUACUGCAGCAAUUGAAUUAAACAUUCCUUAAAUGUGUACGUUCAUGUCUUGUGCUGUCAUUUCCAAGCUUACAGAAGUUCUAUGAAUUAAUGACUUCCA